AUGUUCUCUACUGCGCUUGCCGUCUUCACUCUCGUCGUCGCCGCCGCCUCCCCCGCGUGGUCGCAGCAGAUCGCUGACCCCACCACACUCGCGUCGAUCUACUCCCUCACGACCAGCACGUCUAUACCCUUCCCCACUGCCACGCUCUCAAACUCGGAUGCCCAGUCUUUCAUCGUCUCUGGCUGGUCGCUCAGCAAGGGCAAGAUUCAGCAGGGCGCGUCCAACAUUGCCUUCGUCGCGGACCCCUUCCCGGACAAGCCCGCGCCGACCUCCACGACGAACAGCACUGGCCCCGUGCUGCAAGUGACAUACCCGUCCGGGCAGGUCGGCAGUGAGACCAGCGGCAUGCAGCUCUACUCGCUAUGGAACACGUCGGACGGAUCGACGUUCCAAAGCAUGCUCGUUACGUACGAGGUGGCGUUUGACUCCAACUUCGACUUCGUCAAGGGAGGGAAGCUUCCGGGGUUGAGAGGUGGCCUUGACCCCGAUGGCUGUUCGGGAGGAAGUGCGGCAAAUGGGAGCAACUGCUUCAGCACGCGACUCAUGUGGCGUAAGGAGGCCGCUGGCGAAGUCUACGCCUAUAUCCCAACACCGAACGACAUCUGCUCUAGCUCGCACUUCAAGUGCAACUCGGACGGCUUCGGGACUAGCAUCGACCGGAGCUCGUUCUCCUUCGUCGCCGGCCAAUGGAAUCGCGUGACCCUUCUCGUGCGUCUCAACCAACCGUUGAACACGGCAAACGGCGAAGUCGUCCUCUACUAUAACAACGUGAAGGCGCUCGACGAGCAGGCGCUGCAAUACCGCUCAGACGCGGGUAUCACCAUCGGCGGCCUCUGGUUCUCGACCUUCUUCGGCGGCAGCGACGACUCGUGGGCGCCGCCGUCUACGGUCAACGCGUACUACCGGAACCUCCAACUAUUUGGCGCCUCUGCACCAUCGAACCUCACCGGGCAGACCGUCAGUGGAGCGUCACGACAAGCACCCAGCGCCCUCUCCGCGUCGUUGUGGGGCGCCGCCGCUGUUGGGCUCGCGUUGGCGUCGUUUGGAGUGGCGUUCUAG